UCAAAUACUCUCAUAACAGUAAAAUGCAAAGAUUAUCAUCCUCCUCUUUAAUCUCAAUUCAUAUUUUGAGAAGAUUUCAAUGAAACAGUGAAAUAAAUGUGUACAACAAGUUGUAGAGCUCCCACAUGGGUGUCAUCAAGAAGAUUAUUCGAGCAGACAUUAAUGGAUCUUCAGAAAUGUUCAAACCUUAAGCAUUUAAAAGAAAUGCAAGCACAAAUCAUGAAAGCAAAUCUUCAUCAAGACCCAUUUGUAGCACCUAAACUUAUCUCAGCCUUUUCAAUUUGUCAUCAAAUGCCAUUAGCAGUUAAGAUUUUCAAUCAAAUCCAAGAACCAAAUGUUCAUCUCUAUAACACACUUAUGAGAGCUUUUGCUCAUAACUCUCAGUAUUCAGCAGCUUUCUCUACUUUCUUUGAUUUGCAAGAGAAUGUGUUGUUUCCUGAUAAUUAUACAUACCCAAUUCUGUUGAAAGCUUGUUGUUCUGGGGGUCCUAGUCAUCUUCUUCUUCGUCAAGUUCAAAUGAUUCAUACCCAUAUUGAGAAAUUUGGUUUUUAUUCUGAUAUUUUUGUGCCAAACUCUUUGAUUGAUACUUAUUCCAAGUGUGGGAAGCUUGGGAUUGUUUCUGCUAUGAAAGUGUUUGAUUCAAUGCCUGAGAGAGAUACUGUGUCCUGGAAUUCUAUGAUUACUGGGUUUAUAAAAAUGGGGAAGUUAGAGGAUGCUCAUAAACUGUUUGAUAAAAUGCCAUAUAGAGAUAUGGUUAGUUGGAAUUCAAUGCUGGAUGGGUUUGUGAAAGCAGGAGAUAUGAAUUCGGCUUUUCAGUUGUUUCAAACUAUGCCUGACAGGAAUAUUGUUUCGUGGUCGACGAUGGUUUGGGGGUACUGUAAGAUUGGUGAUAUGGAUAUGGCGAAAUUCUUGUUUGAGAAAAUGCCUGUCAAGAAUUUGGUUCCGUGGACUAUAAUUAUAUCUGGGUAUGCAGAGAAAGGAUGCGCGAAAGAGGCUUUUAGUUUGUAUGAUCGUAUGGAGAGAGCUGGGUUGCGGCCUGAUGAUGCUACUUUGAUUAGUAUUUUAGCUGCUUGUGCUGAAUCUGGGUUGUUUAGUUUAGGUAAGAAAAUUCAUUUGAAGAUCAAGAGGAGUAAAUUCCGACAUAGUAUUCAAGUUUGUAAUGCUUUGAUUGAUAUGUAUGCAAAAUGUGGGGAUUUGUCUGAUGCAUCCUCAGUUUUCGAGGAGAUGACAGAGAGAAAUGUAGUAACUUGGAAUACGCUGCUUCAAGGGUUGGCAAUGCAUGGGAAUUGCGAAAAAGCGCUCAGUUUCUUCUCUAGGAUGACUCGAGAAGGGAUUGAACCUGAUGGAGUCACAUUUGUUAGUGUAUUGUCUUCUUGUAGCCAUGCUGGUCUUGUGGAUGAAGGUCGCCACUACUUCAGUUUAUUGAAAAGAGAUUAUGGAAGUGCUCUUCAAGUUGAGCAUUACGGGUGUAUGGUUGAUCUUCUUGGGCGAGGCGGGCAUUUGAAAGAAGCAUUUGAGCUAAUCAAAACUAUGCCUAUGGAGCCAAAUGCGAUAAUCUGGGGUACCCUUUUGGGUGCUUGCCGGAUGCACAGCAAUGUAGAGUUAGCAGAGGAAGUGGUUGAUCGGUUGGUACAAUUGGAACCGAAAGAUGCAGGAAGUUUAGCGAUAUUUUCUAACAUAUAUGCUGCAGCAGGUGACUGGGAUGGCGUGGCUAAGGUGAGAUCGAAAAUGAGAGAUGUUUAUAAGCAACCUGGUGCAAGUUCAAUUGAGAUAGAUGAUGAAGUGCAUGAAUUCAGAGUUUCAGAUACAGCUCAUCCUGAAUCCUCGAGGAUAUACCACAUGGUAGACAGAUUAAAGCAGCAUCUCGAGCAAGUUGGGUACGUCCCCAGAGCGCAUUGUUAGAGCUCAAAAGAGUUUCGUAUGUUGAUGUUUUUUUUGACAGAUCCAUUGAUAUAAAUGAGUGAGAAACCAUUACAGCGUAUAAAUGAAAAUUUGAUUGUACAAAACAGCAUUGUUGCAAUGUAUAUACUUGUUCUCCAA